AAACGGGAGGACGGAGCUUCCGAUCGGCGGCGGCUCACGGUGCGGAAGUGGCCGUAAUGGCGCUGGUUGUGUUGUGCUGUGUGCGUUGUGUUACCGUUGGCGGCCGCUCGUGACCUUGGAUUGAAGCAUGGGUUAAGACAUUGUUAUUAUUGCGAACAGAUGCCAGACAUUUACUGAAUGACCUUUCAGGUAAGUGCUGACUGGUGGUCACUCCUACGAUGAAAGCUGAAAACUAGCCAUGAAAUGCUUGUGCUGCAGAGGUUCAAUGGGAUUUUUGCCAUUGAUUUCUAGAAAGAUUGGAUUCCACCCAGGCCAAAUGUGUGUGACUAACUCUAGAUGCUCAGGCACAGAAAAUGUUAGCCACGUUACACUGUCAGUAUUUAAUAACACAGGUAAAACGUGCUGAGGUGAACUUCUCUUUCUAUUUACUUCACAUGGGAGGUAAUUAGUAUGUUAAAAGCAAUAUGCAAUUAACUCUCAUACAGUGGUAGAGCUGUUUGUUAUGUUGCUCAGUUACCUAGUAACAGAUUUUGAUUGUAUUUUAACAGUACUAGGAAGGUUACUAUGUAUAUUUGAAGUGAAAACAUGAGGCUGAUGUUACUGAUACCUGUUUGUAGAAUGAUCCAAUAGUUUGGGAGAGGCAGAACUGUCAUUACUGGGAGUUUCUAUGUCAUCCUAAGAGAAAGAGAACUGUGGCACUAAGUAUUCAAAAUGCAGCACUCAUUUAUAACAGAAAUGCUCUUAUUCUGCUGGAUCUAUUUACUAUUCUCUAACAGAAAGAGCUGCCCAUCUUUGCCCUUCACUGGAAAGUGUUUCAGUUUAGCACCAUUUGAUCGGUAUAUUUUACUCUCUAAGAAAUGAUUUGUCCAGAAAUAAAGGUUCACUGGCUGAUCUCAUAAGCUAUAUUUAAAUCAAAGUUCUGAACAUUCUGACAUCCGAGUGUCACUCUGUAAUUUCAGAGCAGUUGUAAUACUUUAUCCUCCUGUUAACAGGCUGCCAGAAAUGCUCCUGGCUAAAGCACAUCACCAUUUGUUCUUAAGGCAUCAACGUGCUGGUUGUGGCAGGUAAUCAGGACCUUACAGUUCAUACCUGAUACACCUCUUACACCUCAAUUUUGGCAGCAAUAAUGUUGGAUAUAUAGUACUUACCACCCCCACCCAUUCUUUUUCUCCUUCCUACUGCUUGGAUUGCAGAACUGAAGCUCAAAUCAUUCAUCCCAAAGUCGAUCCUGAAAUCUAUCUCUAUAUAUAUUUUCUUCCUGUAUAACUUUGAAAUUAAACACAAUAUCCACUUUUCUGUUGUGGUAAGACUGGAUGCCUGUGUUAACCCAGCACGAAGUGGGGCUCCUUACUCAACGUUAUCACAUGCAGCGUGUGCAGAUAACAUCACUGCUCGUGUCUGACGGGUGACAUGCAGCUUUAUUUAUAGCACAGCUAAGGCAAAAAGUCGUGUUGAUUGUAAGACGCCACUGACAUCAAUAAAACAACCACCAAAGUGGUCUUUGGGAGUUGCAUUUUCAAUCUGUCCUCUCCAGUUAUGAACCGAUGACCUAUAUCGUAGUUUUACAUGUACAUGUACACAUAGCGCAUUGUAACCGAUGAGUUAUAUCGUAGUUUCAUGUAUACACACACAUGGUUCGCAUUUCCCAAAGGAAAGCUCCAGUGGGUCCCACAUCCUCCCAUCGCUCCCAUCCCCCCCCCCGUCGGGGGCCGUUCCCUACGGAAUCCCCGCCCCACAUUCCAACGUGCUCGUUCCCCGCUGUAAACACGGCGCCGCUCCGCCCCCAGCAACUUCCAGAAGGGCCUCAGCUCUUCGGCGCGCUCCCGCGUAGGGGCGUGUCGUGCCGGCCGUGCGGCUCCGCUUGUGGCGCAGUCAGAAUUGCGGCGGCUGCCGCCGGGCCCAGCGGGCAGCGCGGGGCAGGGGAGGGGCGGCGGGGCGGGGGGCGAUGCCCCGGGUUAUUUUUACCCGGGCGGCUCAUCCUCUCGGGCAGCCCCAGCGCGGCCCCCGCCGCCGCUCCCCGCCCCUGCUCCGGCGGCGCCGCCUAUAAAGCGCCGCCCGCGGGGGAGCCGAGGAUGCAGCUCUACAGCUCCGUGAUCACCCACUACCCCGCGGGCGGAACGGCCCCUCCGAGCGCGGCGACCGUUUUCAAGGUCUCCAUCCCGCCGGGACCCCCCUCCGCCGAGGCAGCGAGCGACGCCGCCGGGCCGAGCCCGAACCCGACCGCCGAGAGCCCCGCCAAGGACGGCCCGAGCCCCGGGGGCCCAGCCGCAGCCGCCAUGCCCGCCUUCUCGUCCUGCCUGGAGGUGAUGCCGAGCGGCCCCGCCGCCGCCGUCCCGCAGUACAGCUCCUGCGCGCAGCUCACCGUCAGCCGCCGCCGCCCGCUGGAGCGCGUGGUGCCCAUCCGCCUGCUGCCCCGGCCCGAGCCCGCUCCGCACGGCCGCGCCUGGCUGGAAGGCGUCGUGCAGAGCGGCGCCGACGAGCCCAGCAACCGCAGCCUGCGGCUCAGCGAGCACUGCCAGGCGCUGCAGGCCGCCGCCAACCAGCCCGGCCCGCAGCCCGAGCGCGGCGGGGAGGACCAGGAGGGCGGCGGAGGAGCGGGCGCGGCGCGGCGGGCGGAGCGCAGCGAGAAGCUGGCGUUGUACCUGGCCGAAGUGGAGAAGCAGGACCGGUACCUGCGGCAGAAGGGCCGAUUCCGCUUCCACAUCAUCCCCGACGGGAACUGCCUGUACCGCGCCGUCUGCAAGGCGGUGUACGGGGACCAGCGGCUGCACGGCGAGCUCCGCGAGCAGACGGUGCACUACAUCGCCGACCACCUGGACCACUUCGGCCCCAUCAUCGAGGGCGACGUCGGGGAGUUCCUCAUCGCCGCCGCGCAGGACGGCGCCUGGGCCGGCUACCCCGAGCUGCUGGCCAUGGGGCAGAUGCUGAACGUCAACAUUCACCUGACGACGGGCGGGCGGCCCGAGAGCCCCACCGUUUCCACCAUGGUCCACUACCUGGGGCCCGAGGACCCGACGCGGCCCAGCAUUUGGCUGAGCUGGCUGAGCAACGGGCACUACGACGCCGUGCUGGACCGCGUCUGCCCCAACCCCGAGUACGAGGCCUGGUGCAGGCAGACUCAGGUGCAGCGCCGGCGGGAUGAGGAGCUGGCCAAGUCCAUGGCCGUGUCCCUGUCCAAGAUGUACAUCGAGCAGAACGCCUGCUCGUGAGGCCGCCCGGGACCAGGGCUGUGGGGACAGAUGGGUGGAAGCGUGCUGGCCGUGAUGGUGAUGCCUUAAUCCUUAAUGAAGCAGCAGCACCCCGGACUGAGACGAGCGGUAGAUCGCGGGGGAUAAAUCCAAGUGUGUUUGUAGUAUUCUGUUGUAGAGACAUAGCCUCGGAUUAUUUGCCAGCAGGUUCUCUGUUCGUUUGUGUCUCCCUUCCUCACCGUUUCUCUAUUUUCUAUGAGAAUGUAUUUUUUGCACAUUUUUAAACUGUUACGUCCAUCUUUUACAUCUCAUGUUAGUAUCUGGCUUUGAGCUGUAUAGCCAAAAAACAUUUGUAACGAUUUUUGUAAAUAAGGCUUAUGAUGUAACAGCUAUUUUUUGCUGUGUUUUUUACCCAUAAACCUUAUAUUUCUACCUAAUGAAGCUGAUGUCGAAUGACCCUCCCAAACUGGCGAAAGCAUCGUGGCUAUUGGCAAAACAAUAGUAGUUGUUCAAGCGCAGCAAAGUAGAAGUCUGCUUUCUGAACAGUUGCUUUCUCUGCCUCGAGUACAGAACAGGUCCUCUGAGCCGGCUGGAAUGCAGCUCCACGUGCACCGCGCAGGGAGCAAUUGACUCUUCUGUAUUUAAUUACUGUUUUGAGUAAACUGGCCUCUCGUUGCCUGGUUGGCUCACCCUCUGCUCCAUUUAUGUUAUUUAUCUGUAAUAACAGAACAUUAACUUGCAAUAGAAUGUUGUGACUAGAUAAUAGCCUACCGCUUUGGCAGUAAUUGCCUUGGCUGCACCUCGGUGUUUGUGUUCCUGUUUCUGGGGUUAUGGUGUCUUUUGUAUGAGCCAUGCUUCUGUUUUGGCGCUUGUAUUGCACCAACAAAUCGUUAUCUGAUCACAACAUUUUAUUCAUUGGAUGUUAUUUUCUAUAUAAGAAAUCAGGAAUGGUAUUUUGAGUUAAAAAGUAUUUAAAUUGAGAUUUGUAUGGUUUGCUGGGUCAAACAUUUAAAUGUUUCCAAGCUGAAUUCUGUUUCUUCUACUUUCUGAUUAACUUGUUAGAUAUAUUUAUUAAGUACGGCAGUUUGUACUUUUUUUAUUUUGUAAUAUAUUGUGAUUUUGGAAUUUAUACAGUAUUUGUAUAAUAGGAAUAUUCUCAGCUAAAAUGGAAUGAAUAAAGAAUAUAAUUUUA